AUGUCUGAUGAGCUGUACGGAGUAUUACCUGCCACUCCCCUUGGUCGUCUGGCACAUAUUAUGCACCAGCACAAUGAUAGUGCUUUGAUUACGGCCUUUGUGGAAAGGUGGCAGCCGGAUACCAACACCUUCCACAUGCCGUGGGGGAAGAUGACCAUUAUGUUGCACGACGUGCAACGCAUUUUAGGUGUUAGUAUCGAAGGUUCACUCUCGGCUGUACCCACUGAGGGUGAUUGGAAGCUCGCGCUGGCCGGUCUAUUUAGUGAGCCAAUGUUCGAGCUGCGUAGGAAGGGGUACUUUACUAGCGGGACCAUCAACUUUAGUGAAACUAGAACUGGGAUGCGACCUCACCCUACACUAACUUCGAAUGCCUAUAAGGAUGAGAUUGCUUGGGGUGCAGUCACUCUUGCGUAUUUGUAUUGGCAACUGGGUAUGGUGUCUAGGGCUGGGUGCAAGACUGUUACUUGUUGUCUUACAUUGUUGCAGACGUGGAUCUACGGGUACUUCCCGGCCUUCCGCCCCCAUCUUCGUCAAGCUGAUAUGCCUAACAAGAUGAGGGCUGAGAUGUGGUCCACGUAG